AUGACUGAAAGGUUAGCGAAGAAAUUACAGCUUCCCGUGGAACGAAAGGAAUCACUUUCUGUAUCAACCUUUGCAGCAAAUCACUCAAAGGAACUCGACACAUACGUUGUCAAAUUUGAUGUCAUUCUGAAAGAUGGUUCAUCAGUUAAGCUGGAAGCAAACGUGCUCAAACAGCUUACAAGACCAAUUCAUCGGAGACCACUGCAGUCUUCUGAUAUUCAAUUUCUCAAGGCUCUUUCCCCCGAAUGUCUAGCUGACUCAAUUCCUGAAACUUCUGAAACUGCUAAUAUUGACAUAUUGAUAGGAGCUGACUAUUUCUGGCAAUUCAUCAAUGGCCACAAAAUUGUUCUACCCUCGGGAAUGUUUUUGAUUCCAUCAAAAUUUGGAUAUUUACUCACAGGCAAGUAUCCCGAGCUAGCUGAUGACCACAAUAAACGUAUCCAUACCUGUUAUGUGAUGACUCAAAUGAGUCAGGCGAUCUCUGAAUUAAACUUCCACUCUGUUCCCGACACAGUGACAAUACAACACAACAGUCUAGAAGACUUUUGGAGUCUUGAAGCUAUUGGAAUCAAAGACACUCCAUACACAAAUGAUGAUGAUGUUGCUCUUGAACGCUUUAAUACAACCAUUUUGUUUCAAAAUGGACGAUAUCAGAUAACGUGGCCAUGGAAAUCAGGACACAAAUGCUACCUUCCUGAUAACCUUUCUCUAGCCUUUGGAAGAACGAAAUCAUUGUCCAAACGACUACAAAAUGAUAGAUCACUUCUCAAUCGCUAUGACCAAGUUAUAAAAGAUCAAUUGAACCAAGGAAUAAUUGAAAGAGAAACAACCAAACUACGAAUUGUUUAUGAUGGAUCUUCAAAACCAAGAAAGGAACUCAAGAGUCUCAACGAGUGUUUACACAGAGGACCCAUUCUUCUACCGAAUCUAUGUGGUCUUCUGCUAAGAUUUCGAACUUACAAGAUACCUGUUCUAGCUGACAUUGAAAAGGCUUUUCUUCAAAUUGAAAUACAGUCAAAGGAAAGAGACGUUACAAGGUUUCUGUGGUUUAAAGACGUCAUGAAACCUGACGAGAUAGAAGGAAACCUUGCAACAUACCGGUUCUGCAGAGUACCAUUUGGGUUGAUUUGCAGUCCCUUUCUGUUAGAGGGAACUCUGAAAUUUCAUCUUCAAAGGGAAGGAAGUUCAAUAGCCCAAUCUAUUGCUGAGAACAUAUAUGUUGACAACAUUUUAGUUGGAGCAGAUUCUCCUGCUAAUGCUUAUCAACUGUUUGAAAGAGCAAGACAAAUAUUCAAAGAAGCCACUAUGAACUUACAACAAUGGACAUCUAAUUCACUCGAAUUUUUGUCACUUGUACCUGAUGAUCUAAAAGUAAAAGGAAGCAUAGUCAAGGUUUUAGGAAUAACAUGGAAUACCUUGAAUGAUGAACUGACUAUUCUCGAAUCUCGAAUGCUACCGUCAGACCAACACACUACCAAACGAGAAAUUCUCCUGGAUAUUGCACGAAUCUACGAUCCUUUAGGACUAAUUGCACCUGUGACCUUCUAUGGAAAGGUUUUCAUGCAGAAACUAUGGAAAGCCAAUGUGUCCUGGGAUGAGAAACUUUCACCUCGUCAUUGUGACGAGUGGAGUCAAAUUUGCAACAAAUUUCAAUCUCUUUCCACCUUAAAAAUUCCAAGAUUAUCUGGAACGAUUGGAAAAGACUCUCAUUGUCAGGUAGUGGUAUUUAAUGAUGCCUCUAUAAAAUCUUAUGCUGCAGCCGUUUAUCUCCUUGUCAAGAAUGGAGAGAGUAUCGAAGUGAAUCUUGUGUUUUCAAAAAUGCGUUUGACUCCGAUUCAAUCAGCUGUUGCAAACGAAGAACAUCAAAAGAAAGGAAAGAAACUUACGUUACCACGACUUGAGUUACUAUCAACAGUGAUUGGAGUCAGAGCUGGAAACUUUGUUAAAGAUCAGCUGAAGCUUCAGAACUCUAAACUAAUAGUAUUUACUGAUUCUCAGUGCGUCCUACACUGGUUGAAAACACCCAAGCCGUUAUCAACCUUUGUUGGCAACAGAAUCAAGGAGAUACGACAAAGUAAUGCUGUUUUCCGCUAUGUUCCAUCAAAUCAAAAUCCAGUAGAUUUUGCGACAAGAGGUAUGUCUGCUUCAGAGUUGGAGAAAAUUCGAUUAUGGUGGCACGGACCAGAAUGGCUCACACUUUCUGUUAAUUCGUGGCCAAACUACAAUGUUCCAGAAGUAAGCACUCAGACGUUGGACUAUCUUGAGUCAGAGACAAAUAAGUCCAACAAAAUUUACGUUGCUACCAACUUUACAAAGAAGUGUAAAGCUGACUUAGAAUCGAAUGAAUGUGACAAUUCACCCUUCCGAAUUGAUGAGAAGCGUUUUUCUUCUCUCCCGAAAUUAAUUCGUGUGACAAGCUACUGUGUAAGAUUUAUACAGAAGAGAAUUUGGAGCGUUUUGAGAAAGGAGACACAAGAAACUAUGUCUUCAAGAUAUGUACUGAUCAAACAAGUGUUCAGAGAACAUUCAAGUUACGCUACCGACCAAGUUCACAGCGUUUGUAUGGCGCGUAUUCUCUGGGAAUAUGCAGUUCAGAAUAGACAAUAUCUCAAUGUGUUGAAUGAUAUGAGAAAGGGGAAAAGAAACAACUUACAACGACAACUUGGACUCCAGAUAGACGAAUGGGGUCUGCUGAGAUGUUAUGGACGGUAUUCAAAUGCAAAUCUUUCCUUUAACGCAAAAUAUCCUAAAGUAAUUCCUCGUUUGGAAUAUUUUACACAUUUGGUAAUCAAGGACGCUCAUGAACGGAUGCUUGACAGUGGAGUUUCUCAUACAUUAGCACAAGUGAGACAAGAGUACUGGAUUCCCCAAGGUAAAAGAGAAACAAAAAGGGUAGUGUCACGAUGUACAAUAUGUCGACGAUAUGAGGGUCCACCAUACGCUUUGCCUCCGAUGCCUUCCUUGCCGCGAGAUCGAGUUUCCAAGUCUGAACCUUUUCAGAGUAUUGGAUUGGAUUAUCUAGGACCCAUUUUGGUAAAGGAAGGACGGGAUCGUGUGAAAUUCUGGGUCUGUCUAUUCACUUGUUUUGCAAUUCGAGCAAUCCAUCUCGAAUGGAUUAGAAAUCUAACAGCAAGCCAAUUUCUUUGUUGCUUUCGACGAUUUGUUGCCAGGAGAGGCAAACCACGUCAUAUUAUAUCUGACAACGCCUCUCAGUUUAAACUAACUGCAAAGGUUUUGGAUCGUCAGUGGCAACAGAUGAUUCACAGUGAUGAAGUACUUUACUAUUGCUCAUCUGAAAAUAUCACCUGGAAAUUUAUUACGGAAGCUGCUCCUUGGCAAGGUGGAUUCUAUGAACGUUUAGUUGGACUAGUGAAACGAGCACUUAGAAAGUCGAUAGGGAGAAAACUACUUGAUUGGGACGAAUUGGCAACUCUUCUUACAGAAAUCGAAGCUAUUAUAAACACAAGACCUCUGACAUACGUGUUUGAAGACUUUGAAUCAGGAUUUCCAUUAACUCCUGCUCACUUCUUAUCUCAUCACGCGCAUCUCGGAGUACCUGGACCUACUACUGAAGAUGUGAAUGAUGAGGAAUACCAGCCUAAUAGGGACACUUCCUAUGCGUUGGAAAGAAAAUGGAGACAAGACCAAAAGCGACUCGACAUCUUUUGGGAUCAUUGGCAUAAGGAGUAUUUACUGAGUUUAAGGGAAACAUUGCCAUUAAGACACAAAGGUGUUAGAUCUGCAAUUGACUCAGUGCCUCAAGAAGGCGAGGUAGUUCUUAUUAAAGAACAAGACAUUUUGAGCGUCUCUUCGAUUGUCCUGUUGACAUCCUCUUUCUUGAGAGUUAGGAAACACAAACCCAGACCAGGUGUCAAUGUCUUCAUUAAAAUGCCUCAGCCAUCUGAGGUGCUCUGUGACAAUCAGCUCCAUUUUCGAAAGAGUCUCCUGGUACUUACAAGAGUCCAUUUCAACGAGAAGUAUCGGUACCUUUCUUCCUUUAGCUACCUUGUAGACGAAGACGUCCGGAAUAAUCCAGUCAGACACGAAGAUAUGAGAGAGCUGCUCCAGGACGUCUAUUUUGACGUCAGUCGUAACGAGAAAGCAUUCAUUCCUACUAAUCUCUUUAAUCAAAGUCGCGAUUGCUGCUUGGCUCUCUUUUCGUAG